AUGGAGCCGCUCAACAGCAAUGGAGCAUCAAGCCUCGGAGCUAAAGACGGCUGCUUCCACAGAGCCGAAGUGGACCGGCUAGGAGUACGAUGGAAACAAGUCGGAGUAAGCGGCAGAUCUGGUCCAGAAGCAAUUGAAGAAGUUCAGAGCAAGUGGAACCUGGUCCAGAGGCAAUGGAAGCGGUUGAGAGCUGAUGGAAUGAGGUUACCAGCUGCAGGGGCAGAGACUCCAGAUGCUGUGGAGUAUCAAAUCGAAAAGGAGUCUGUGGAGGCAGAGGUUCCAGAAGCCAUGGAAGCUCCAAAGCUUGUGAAGACAGAGACUCCAGAGGCUGUGGAGGCUCCAGUUGAAAAGAAGUCUGCGGAGGCAGAGGUUCCAGAAGCCAUGGAAGCUCCAGAGCUUGUGGAGGCAGAGACUCCAAAGACUGCGGAGGCUUUAGUUGAAAAGAAGUCUGCGGAGGCAGAGGUUCCAGAAGCCAUGGAAGCUCCAGAGCUUGUGGAGGCUCCAAUCGAAAAGGAUUUUGCGGAAGCAGAGGUUACAGAAGUCAUGGAAGCUCCAAAAAUUGCGGAGGCAGAGACUCCAGGGACCGUGGAGACUCCUAAUGAAAAGGAGGAUGUAAGAGCAGAGGCUCCAUAUGAAAUGGACUCUACAGAGACACAGGCUCCAGAGACCAUGAGAAGUCCAUACGAAAAAGAGGUUGUAGGGGAAGAGACUCCAGAGGCUAUGGAGGUUCCAUACAAAAAGGAGCCUGCAGGGGUAGAAGCCCUAGCAACUUCAGACGAAAAGGACUUUACGGAGGCAGAAGCUUUGGCCACAAAAUUAGCAAAUGGAAAGACUUAUUUGUGUCCAGCAUUGAAGCCGACCAAAGGGUUUAUUUCUUUUCUAAUACUAUGUCAGCUAAAGGGCUUAUGA